AUGCUUCGACACGCGGUCAGACGUGCCGCGGCCACCGCGCGCGCGCUACGGGCGCCCGCGCAUCCCGCGGCGGCACCGCUCGCGCCCGCGCGUUGGUCCGUCCCGAGCGUCACCCGCCCGGCCGCGCGGCGGACGUUCACCGGCGGCACCGGCGGGACCGUGCCCUCGAGCGCGUCCGAGCAAGCCAGGUACCUGCGAGACCUGAACCGCAACGACCCGGAGGCGGUGGUCAGACUCUACGAGCAGGGUAAGGUGGCAGCCUCCGAGGGUAACCUCGCCGAGUAUCUCAAGGCUCUCGUGCGCUGCGAAAAACUCAACGAAUCCGCCCUGCUGCGCACGCUUCAGCGCGGCGCGUCGGGCGAGGCUGCCGCGGGCGGCGGCGUCGAAAACGCGGCUCGCGCCAUGGGUGCCGCCGCGCUCCAGAACGGCGAAAUCCUCGGCACCGCGCAGUCUCCCAUCUACACCCAGCAGCUGGAGCCCACGUUCAGGGCCCAGUUAUGGCGCACGCUGCGCACGCUGGGCACCGCGUUCAUCAUCUUGAGCGGCGUGGGCGCGCUGGCGGACGAACGCGGCGGCAUCUCCCGCGGGAUCAUGGGCGGCGACGGCGCUCCGAAGCCCACCCCGGAGACAAAGACCAAGUUCGCAGACGUCAAGGGCGUGGACGAGGCCAAGGGCGAGCUCGUGGAGAUUGUGGAAUACCUUCGCUCGCCCGCCAAGUUCACCAGGCUCGGGGGUAAGCUGCCGAAGGGAUUGCUGCUGGUGGGACCCCCGGGGACGGGCAAGACGAUGCUGGCGAGAGCCGUCGCGGGGGAGGCUGGGGUUCCGUUUUUUUACACGAGCGGCUCGGAAUUCGAGGAGAUGUUUGUGGGCGUGGGCGCCAGGAGGGUGAGGGACCUGUUCCGCGCCGCCAAGGCCGCGGCGCCGUGCAUCGUGUUCAUCGACGAGAUCGACGCCGUGGGCAGCGCGAGGAACCCGAAGGAUCAGCAGAACACCCGCAUGACCCUGAACCAGCUCCUCACCGAACUCGACGGGUUCAAGAAGAACGAGGGCGUCAUCGUCCUCGCCGCCACCAACACCCCCGAGUCACUGGACAAGGCCCUCGUCCGUCCGGGCAGGUUCGACAGGACCGUCGCGGUGCCCAACCCCGACGUGGACGGACGCAAACAGAUCCUGGAGACGCACGCGGAAGGGGUCACCACGUCGCCAGCCGUGGAUUGGGACGUCAUCGCCAGGGGCACCCCGGGUUUCUCCGGCGCCGACCUCGCGAACCUGGUCAACGUGGCCGCGCUGAGAGCCGCGCUGGACGGCGCCGCGCAGGUUGGGAUGAAACAGCUGGAGUACGCCAAGGAUCGCAUCUUGAUGGGCGCCGAACGGAAGAGCGCCGUCGUGGCGGAGGAGAACAGGAGGCUCACCGCGUACCACGAGGGCGGGCACGCGCUCGUCGCGCUCUUCACCGAAGGCGCGAGGCCGGUGCACAAGGCGACGAUCGUGCCCCGAGGUCAGUCCCUCGGCAUGGUCAUGCAGCUUCCGGAGAAGGACGAGCUGAACCUCACCAAGAAGCAGCUGCUGGCGAUGCUCGACGUGACCAUGGGCGGCAGGGUCGCCGAGGAGCUCAUAUUCGGCGAGGCCGAGGUGACCACCGGCGCGAGCUCGGACCUCAGGCAGGCCACGCGGCUCGCGAGGGAGAUGAUCACCAAGUACGGCUUCAGCGAACGCCUGGGUUUGGCCAGCACGGAGUACUCCGAUUACGGCCUGUCCCACGAGACCAGGCUGGUGAUUGAGGACGAGGUGAAGCGACUGCUGGAGGAGGCGAACCAGAGGGCGCGUCGGCUGUUGAAGAAACACGAGAAGGAUCUGCACAUGCUCGCCAAGCAACUGCUCGACAAGGAGACGCUGACGGGCGCCGAGCUCAGGCGGCUGGUGAAGAUGCCUGCCAAGUCUGGCGACGCGAGCUUCAUCGAGGAGGGUUUCGGCGCGUCCGCGGUGUCCAAGGACGCGAACGGGGGCAAAAAGGCGGAAACAACCUCGGGCGCGGGGAGCGACGGGCCGUCGCCCGCGGAGGCUGCCAAGGCUGCCGCGGCCGCGGCGAAAGCCGCCGCCGCGGCGGCAAAGGCUGCCGCGGGCAGAGCAGCCGCGGGCGCUGGAGCCGCGUGA